AUGAUCAACAUGAUGUUCUUAUUGAUUUUGUUUUCAACGAUUGUUACUAGUCAUGGAUAUGAUGAUAAUGAUAUUACAUUGAAAGAAGAUUUUGAGUUGGAAAAACAACUAAAACUUAUUAAUAAAUCUCCUAUCAAGAGUAUUUAUACAGAGUUUGGGUACAUAAUUGAUUGUAUUGAUAUUAAAACACAACCUGCUUUUGAUCAUCCUUUAUUAAAAAAUCAUAAAUUACAGAUUCGACCAAGUUUUUACUCAAACAUAAGAAGUAGAAGUGUGAAUAUUUCACAAACUAAAACAAAUUUUAUAUUAGAUAAACUCAAUUGUCCUAAAGGAUCUGUUCCAAUUCGAAGGACAACAAAAGAAGAUCUCAUACGUACUAAAUCUUUAUCGAAUAAUAAUAUUUUAGCUACACGGGCUAGUCACAAAGCAGAAGUAUAUCUCAGAUAUUUCGGUGGUAAAAAUUAUUAUGGAAUAACUGGAACUGCUAGUGUUUAUAAUCCAAGGUGUACUAUUGCUCAAGCUAGCUCAUCUAAUAUAUAUGUUCGAAAUGGAGAGGGGAACGCUUUUAACGAAAUUAGUGUUGGAUGGCAUGUAUUUCCCCAUAUAAAUGGUGAUGACCGGACAUAUGCUUUCGCAACAUGGACCUCAGAUGGAUAUAUGAAGACGGGAUGCUACAAUGUACAGUGUCAAGGUUUUGUCCAAACCAACCGUCAAUAUCACAUUGGUACAGUUAUUCCACAAACAUCUGUAUACGGUGGAGUUAUUGUAGAAAUGCCAUUUAGUAUUGUUCAAGAUGAACGAUCUAAAAAUUGGUGGAUAACCAUUAGCGGUAAAGCAGUUGGAUAUUAUCCACAAGCUUUAUUCAACAACUUGAAAACAGCUGAUCAAGUGGGAUGGGGAGGGGCUACAAUAGCUAUAGGUGCUCCUAGCCCUCAAAUGGGAUCUGGAUUCUUUCCUGACCAGAACUUUGGACAUGCAUGUUAUUUUUCAAAUAUUGGAUAUAAAAAUAAAACUAACUCAGCCUAUUAUGGACCUGAUGAGUAUCUCACAGAUAUUUAUCAUGACGUCCCUGCAUGUUUUGGAGUAGACUACUAUGGAAAACAAAACAGUCCAUAUGGAUAUUCUCUUCAAUUUGGAGGACCGGGUGGCAGAUGUGAUUGA